UAGAUUAUUAUUUAUAGUAUCUUUUACCGAAAUAAAAUACCAUUUACGUUCCACUCUACUAACCGUUGACGUACAACUAACUCAAUGGUCGGUCGAAUGCAUUUCUAUGUGUCUGUAUAACAUAUGUUGCCCACACUACUUGCGUUUAAGCGCGUAUAUCUCAAGAUAUUUCCUUUCUUAUCGCUAGGAACUUAAUUCUUAUCUUUUCAGUUCAAAUCAGUCUGUGUUCACAUAUGUACGUUUUCUAAGUAACGUAUGUAUGCUCAGAAAGUGUAGCGCGAAAUUGGUGAAACUGUGCAUUCAUUGCAAUUUUCUAAAAUCUCGCAUACGUGAAAUUAAACGAACUGUGUUUUCGCGAUCAUUUUAUCAUCGAGAAUAAUAAGUGAAAUAAAAACGAUGUGUAAAGAAUUUUCGAUCAAACGAAUUACAAUCUGUAGAAAUAUUAUUUUUCAAUUUAAAAAAUGUAUCAAAACAAACAACUUUGAUCGUCGGUAUAAGAAGGUGCAUAUGUAAAAUAAAUGAGAUUAGAAUUUCUAAUCGCUCUACUAUCAAAUACGAUUCAUGCAUUUCUCUUUAUCUCAUUAAGCGAGAUAUCAAGGAUUUAUCAAAGGAUUUUAAUCAAUAUCGAAGAAGAUAUGUUGAAACAAUUUUGGGAAGUUUUAGGUGGAAACACGGCUCGAAGCGGAAUGUCCGUGGGUUCGGGAGGGCGGGCUCCCAUUAAACGUACAACCGGAACCACGACAUCGACCAUUAAUAAUUCGACCAAGAAUAAGUCGAAGCUCGAGCCAAGGCCGCCGCCGUCUGGAGUUGGAAAAGGAAGAAAGGACGCGGUGUCGUUGCUUUUCAGCGCGAAAAGGCCGCCUGGGAGAAAAGUCGAACGAACACCGACGAAGACAACGACAACUACAACGACUACGACGAGGACGACGACGAAGACUCCUCAAAAGUCGCCGAGGACGAAAUCGGUUGAACUGUUAAAAACUCCCCUAACAGAAUCAAAGCCGUUCAUCGUAUUUCGAGGGUGUAUGUACACACAAUAUAUGUACAAUACAUACAUACAGUAUAUAAAGAUAUAAGAAUAGUUGAAUUUCGCGAUUUCUUCGGGAGAAAACGAGCACACGAUGAAAGCAAGCGGCGGCUGCGGAGGCUGUAAAUAUCUUUCGACGACGUUCGUAAGAGCCUACCGAAGGAAAAAGAAAAAAAAAGAUGGAAAAAAAAAAGAUGGAAAAAAAAGAGUCAAGCGUCUGAUGAAAUCCUAAGGAAUCGCAUUCCACAAGCAUCCCACACCUCUCUUCUAGUAAAUUCACCAGAGACGCCGAUGGAAUAUUCUAAACGUUCAUUUCUGCGUGCUUGUUUCUCAAGUCGGUUACGAAUGCAUGCGUUUAUUUAACUAUAUAGAAAAUUAAUCAAUUUAUUGUUCAUUUUUAAUGUGAAAAUUUCUUUAGAAUCGGGGUGUGAGUUGAAAAUCGUCAAACGAAAGGAACGUGAAACGGAAGAAACCGUGAAACCGAU